CGGCUAGGGGGCGGGGCCUGCGUGCGGUGAGGUCACGACGCCGGCUCCUCCCAGCGCAAGUACGCAGGCCAGCGGAGUGCAGUCGCCGGCUCUGGGACCUUGGAGACCCGUGGCUCUCGCGACGAUGGGUGCUCGGCUGAGCGGUGGCCAGGGCGCCCCAGAGCCCGUGCAGGCCCAGCCCCAGCCCCAACCCGGGGCGCCCGAGGCCCCUGAGCGGCCCCAGCCUGAACCCAGUCCCUGGGGGCCACUGGACGAUGUGCGCUUCCUCAUCACCUGCACCUCCUGGUACUGACUCGACACCCUCCGCAGUUACUGCCAGCUGCCAACUGUCGUUGUGCUGUUAUGUUCCUCUCUUGUCGUCCUUUUCCAACCCCGGCGCCCAGGACAGGCUCGAAGAGUCGAGGAGAUAGAUCAUGGAGGACUGGAAGGAGGUCUUGGCAGGGCCUCUUCGGCAGCCUCGCCAUGGGGCACCGGCUCGCCUCUAGUUCCUUCCGAAUUUGUUCGCUUCUUAGCCUGCACCCAAACCAGCUUAAACCUUCGUGCUCACCCCCACCCUACAGCUUCUCCAGCCGUCUGGGUUCUGGGGCAGCCCUCCCUGGCCCUGGCUUCCAGAACCAGGCCAGGACUCCUGGUAAGACCCCAAGACUGCUGACCUCACCUCCUCUCGUCUGUUCCUUAUUGCUAAGAACCGGGCUGUUGCUUUUGUCCCUGGUUAUGGCACCAUGUGCCUUGGCUUCGGAGAAGACCUUGCCACAGUGACCCUCCCUGUACUUCUCCUGGGGGGGGGGGGGGGGGGCGUGCUCUGCCAUCCUGGAUCCCAGUGAGGCAUUAUCAGGUUGUGUUCUAGGAACCCCAGUAACACUGGGCCUCUGGGGCCAGCCUUUUUGAGAGAGGGGACAUUUGAUUGCUGGGCUGGUAGAUGAGAUGCAUGGGACAGUUCCCAGACACCCCAAAGCACCCUGUUCCCCCUCUCCCAGAAGUUUCUUAAGGCCACUCCCAGAACCUGAUCCUUGUUCCUAUAUCCCAAGAAAACAACACACUCUGUAUUUUUGUUUUAUUUAGAAAUGAUUUAAAAAACAUUAUACAAAGGCUGAUCAGUUUAAAAUGUGA